GGCUGCACGUGGGCACGGCGGGCAGGGGCCGGACCCGACCGGACCGGCACCGGCACCGGCACCGGGACCUGCUCCGGGCACCGGGCUGGAGGGGCGAGUGCCGCGCUGAGCCGUCCAGACCUGAAGCUCCUUGUCCACAGAACAGACCUUCUUGUGUGUAGAAAGCCAUGGGAGUCUGGAGUGAGUGCUUCCUGAGCUCUCUGGGACCUUGAGGAUGAAUUAUCUGGCUUCUUGGUAACUGCAGGGGCUCUGCAAAAUGGCUUCACGCUUCCGCACCGUCAUCCCUUACGCCCUGCCUGGAGUGCUGGCGCUUCUGGGUGGCUGGUGGGUCUAUUCCUGUCGGAAAAAAUAUGCGAGCUGUCAAAAAAAACCAUCAGUAACCACUGAAGAGGAGCAGCAGGAGGAAGUGCAAGAGAGGGCUUCAUCCCCCAGAGCAGAAGCCUGUGCUCUCUGGGCAGUGCCUCUCUCCUCAGAAGAGGGAUGCCCACGGAAGGAAACCUCGACCUGCCUGCUGUCCGCGGGGUCGCUGACGCCCUCUCUGCUUUGUCAGACUCACGAGAGGACAGAUCUCUCACAGGACCUUCUAGACCUGUCAGUCACUACAAUUCAUCCCAGCACCCUAGAGGACGACAGUGAAAAACUAGAAAGGGUAGGAUCUCCAGAUGGAAGCAGUCUUGCUGCUUGUGCCUCUCUCUCUGGGAUCUCAAAGAGCACCAAGUGUCCCGGCUCUGUGACGUCCCCUUGCCUGGAGUUGGAGAAGGAAGCCUACAGCCCACAAGCCUUUUUCAGUAAGGAAGUUGUAUCGAGUCACAAGGAUUUUGCAGUGAGCAUGGUGCUGGAUAGUUUGGGGUCUGCUUGUUUGGAGCAGUCCAGGAAAGAAGAGGUGUCUGAAUUGAUUGCCAAAGCUGUACCUGUGUGUCAGGAGAAGGAGACGCAGCCAAAAGGAGGUGAAUUGGAAGGAGAGGAGGUGAGAGGAGUGAGUUUGGACAAGGAAGAAGUUCAGAAGAUGGAGCAAGCAGCAAUACAGAUAAUUUCCAAGGUCAUCUUGGCAGCUACUGAGGAAGUGCUGUCUGGUUCUGCAAGGGAUGUGUCCACUCGAGUCUGCCAGACUGCUGCCAGCCGGUCUGAGAGGCCCCUGGAGAUGGCAAACGAGGCUCCCUCUGAUCAGCUGCUUGUGGAGGAGGCUGUGGGAGCAGAGGAGAACAGUGCUGCCAGGGGGGAUGCUGUGCUACUGACAUCCCUGCAGACUGAGGAGCAGGAUCAGAGUGUGACAGACUCCAGCUGUUCCCCACACAGCUGCUCACCCUGCCCUGUGCAGGGGGACCCAGCAGACUGCCAGGUGAAGAACUGUGUGUGCAGGGGGUCCCGACAGGUCGGUCAGACUCCUGUGGGAAGCCAGGGAGGGUCACUGGAAAGGUCAGCUUUGGUUGUGGAGGACUCUGAGUGCAGCACAUAUGUAUCUGAAGGUGGGUUGAGUGUGGAGGACCCACUGCAGAACACAGCCCUGUCUGUCACCUCGGGCCAGCAUUCGGACUCGCUGAGCACAUCUGCAAGCCAAGACACAUCUGCUGAGCAGAGCUCAGAACCAUGUGAAAAGCAUCCUGCUCUGAAACUCCCUGGAGACAGCCAAGUGCCAUACAGUAAUGGGGUACUGGAACAAGAUGGUCCAGGCUUGCAGCACGAGUGUAGCAAGGCACCAGGGGUGGAUGGAGAAAACUCGGGAGGUUCAGAUGUAAAUAAUGUGGAUUUUGUGGACAAUGGCUGUGCCAUGAGGAAGACAGUGACUCGCCACAAGUCCAAGCUGGGAGGAGAGUCCAGCAAGUCUGACUUCGUGAUCUGGGAGAUAGAGGUCCCAAAGGAAUUAGUUGGCCGCUUAAUUGGCAAACAAGGCAAAUUUAUGACCUUCUUGAGGCAAUCGUCUGGUGCCAAAAUUUAUGUUGCAACACUGCCUUACUUCCGUGACUCCCAAGUCUGUCACAUUGAAGGCUCCUCGCAUCAGGUAGAGAAAGUCCUGAGCCUGAUUGGCAAGAAGUUCAAAGACCUGUGUCUCACCAAUGUCUAUGCUCUACCUCCACCAACACCACUGACACUUCAUUCCCUCCUCAUGACUGCCUGGCUGUUCCUCCCAGAUGGAGUCACUGUGGAGGUGGUUGUGGCACACCAGGUUGAUGCAGGACACAUGUUUCUGCAGCAGCACACACACCCCACCUUCCACGUCCUGCGGAGCCUGGACCAGCAGAUGUUUGCCUGCUAUUCUCAACCUGAAAUUCCAACCCUGCCAACUCCAGUGGAAGUUGGCAUUAUCUGUGCAGCCCCAGGCCUGGAUGGGGCAUGGUUACGGGCUCAAGUUAUUAGCUACUUUGAAGAGAGUGGUGAAGUGGAGCUCAGAUACGUGGACUAUGGAGGAUAUGAGAGAGUGAAGGUCGACACACUCAGACAAAUCAGGUCUGAUUUUUUAUCACUACCUUUCCAAGGAGCAGAAGUUUUACUAGACAACGUGGUGCCACUUCCAGACGAGGAUCACUUUUCAUCCGAAGCUGAUGCUGCUGUUAGUGAGAUGACCAGAGGUGCAGUCCUGGUGGCACAGGUCACCAAUUAUGACAGUGCAACAGGCCUGCCACUGAUCCACCUCUGGAACCUGAUGGGAGAUGAGGUGGUGUCAGUAAACAGAACUCUAGUAGAAAGAGGAUUUGCUCAGUGGCUUGACUACUAGCAGUGUCCUAGAUGCCUCAACAGCUCUUUCUGCAGAACAAAACAAGAGAAGAAAUCUUGUAUUGCACUGUUACAAUUCGGUUUGGCAACUUUUCAGAAGAAAACCUGUGUUUACACCUGAGUGUGGCAUUGUGGUCCAUUGAAACUCAUUUUGCUCAGCUGUUCAUUUCAGUAAGAACAUGUACCUCAUCUCAGUGAGAGGCAGGGUGUCCAAAGCCAUAACGACAGAUACUGUAGCUUUAAAGCAAAAAAUCCUCCCUGGCCUCUGCUCAAAAGCUGAAUGGGAAAGACCUGAAAACCUUGGGGCUUGCUUGAAGCUGGCAAAUGCCCCUGAAGUGUUACCUGUGGUUGUGUUUGUGUUUGAGGUGUGAAAUGCCCCAUGAACUUGGUGUCUUCCUAAAAGUCACAUUGGUCGUCCUUUUUUUAACAGGCUCUGCCUAUCAAAUGAAUGUUAUUAAGUAAUUUAAUGUUCAGUCAUGGAUUCUUCUGUUUUGUGCCACUAACCUGCACAAACAACAUUCAUCUUGCCUUCCCCAUGCCAGGAGGCAGAUGAAUUGCACUCAGUGUGGCACAUGGCUCACUGCAGGGUGGGUUUUAGGCUCGAUGUGCUUGAGGAGGAAAGCUUCUCCCUGCAGCUGCUGCAAGUGCAGGAUAAGUUACCACUACAGUUCUUGCUCUGAAAUAACAUGUGUUUAAAGAAAAGAACUGAUUGCCAAGCCCAAUUGUAGUUUAUAUUUUUCUAGCUGUGCAAGUCUGUAAAUAUAUAUAAAAAAGAAUCAUUGUAAUAUUUUGUACAAGAAAAACACUGGAAACAAAGGGAACUUUACAGAAACUUUUUCACACCAAAAUGUCCUAUGUAGGUAGAACUGGUUUGGAGUGCAUUAGGGUAGCCAGCAUAUUUGGAGCCUUUGAAUGUUGGGAGUGUUUCAGCUCUGCUGUGUACAGGAUUAGCAUUCCCUUAGUCUGCUGUCGGGUUUGAAUUGUGAACACUGCAUUCUUUGCUAUGUUGCUGUACAGAUCUGUUUAAAAAAAAAAAAAAGUAAUAACUUGGCAUUACUAUUGCAGUGGUGUUCUCAAUUUUUUUUUUUUUUGCUCCUUUUUAGAUUUCUAUCAUGUAUUUAAAAUUUUGCUCAAGUAAUUUAAGCUGACUUAAUACUCUUAAACACAUGCCCUCUGAUGUGUAUCAUUUUAGAUAUGUAUGGAGCUGGGAUUUAUUGCUGGCAGAGAAGACACUCGCCAGGAAAAUGUUGAUAUAGUCAGUCCUCAGAAGUUUUUUCAGGUGGAUUCAAGGCUGUCCUUGCAUCCUAUGAUCUAUCAUGUCAGUGCAUUACGUAUUUGGAUAGUUUCCUACAAAAGCAUUUGGUCCAAUCCCUUCUUAUCUGGUAUGGUUACAUUAUUUUUUUAAAGUUCCACUUGGCACUUACGAUUUAGUGUUCAUGUUUGCAGUAACAUCCAGUGAAAACUAAAUUGGGUAACUCAGUUAAAUCUAUAAAACAUAUAUCCUCUUGGAAUGUUUCUUUCCAUUUCAAUUAAAGCUCGAAUUUUAAGCCAUCUUAA